GCCAUGGUGUAGUAACCACGACGGCGAGCUGCUGCUUGAAACCGCGAAUUGUAUGUAGUGAGGUCACGAACGUUCUAAUCUAGCGAUCUUUUUGACAGUCAUUACGCAAAACGACCGGCAGUUUGCAAGCGGCCGGCAGUGUUUUUGGGCAUAAAAAAUUUCCAAUUAUCAAGCGGGCGGGGCUUUGCCGGCAAACAAGCCCGGUCGAAAACUAUCGAUCCCCGCUUGAUAAAACGACGCAGGGGAGCCGGCAAAAGGGGCGCCCUUCUGAGGCGCCCACCGCCUUGGUUUCUGGCGGUUUGGGGCGCCCAAAAAGGGAUGCCCAAAACGCAGCACUCCGAAAAAGACAGCGAAUCCGCAUGGUAUGGGCCUCAUUUUGGCCCACAUUCGGGCCUCGCAAAAUACGCCACCAAAAUCCGCCACUUCAGAGGCGGACUGAAGGCCAGAAGAUGCAGCAUUUUGCCAAAAAAAAACAAAAAAAGAAAGCCCGCCAAAAGCAAAAAGCCAAUCCGCAUGCUAUGGGCCCGAUUUGGGGCUCCCAAGGGUCCGACCCUGGCGCGGGCCCUGGCGGGGCCAUAGCAUGCGGGGAAGGUUUUUAAAUUCGAAACCAAAUGGAGGCCAGCUCUGGAGUGGAAUUUUUAGCGACUGCCGUGCCGUCGUGCAUAGCAUUACUCACGAUGGCAUGGUGGGCAGAGAAGUUGCGUCUUUUUUGGCGUGAAGACAAAAGGACCGCCAUGACCUCACUACCUCCGCGGACGCGGCUACUAUUGGUAUGACGGGACUGCCAGAACCCUCAACAGCUACCGUGCCUCCGCUGCUCUACCAGGAAGAUCAAACACCACAUGUGCGCGACCACGAGGACGGCGACCCUCCCGAAGGCUCGUCCUACAGCUCCUUUUUUGAACUCCAGCUGGAACGCGAACAAAAGCUGAUAGCAGACCUCCGUCGUGCGCUUUUUAUUGCAUCACAAAAUAAUUCUACUUCUCGCCAGGAAGGAAGGAUGAAUCCAGGGAUGCGUGCUGAGGCGGAUGUUGAGAGCCCGGACGAGAUGAACAAUUAUGCUCAUCCCUGGAACGAACACUUGCUCGCUCGUCUGACAGCCUCGUUUGACGAAAUGGGUGCCCAGCGGAUGUGCGAUAUCCUGCACCUUUUUGCCGGGGAUGGAGAUAGUUGUCCUGGCGUUGAACAAGCCGUCGUGGCAGUUGACUACGGUUCAUCGUCUUCCCGUAAGAGAGGAGGUGGCGCUACAACUUCACCUUGGAAAUCGAUGUGGAGCUCUCUUGUUUUGAGAAAGCAAAAAGCCGACCUAGAAAUCGCGGAGGAACUAGCGGUAUGCACUGCAAAAGCGUCGUACUAGUGGUGUAGGAAUUAUUGCAUCACAGGUUUUUUUGAUUUUCAAGAAGAAAAAUCAACUUUGUCCUGCGGAUUCAAGCAGAAAAGCAGAUUUGUCAACAUGCGUGUUGACAGGCACAUAAUUCUAUACAAGUGCGAUUGAUAGUACUUGAACUUGUGCAAUGCAUACCCGGCAGAGGCGAAAAAGUGGAAGGGUUUGGCUUCUACGCAGAUGUGCACGACCGAGCAGAUCAUGUCGGAGAAGGGUUCUUCGCGGAGUAGAAUCUUUCGAGACAGGACCAGGGUCGACGUCCCUCCUGCUUCGACUGCGUCGCAGCAGGGUGCCGCUGACAUCCACCGCAAAAUCGACUACGAGUACGAAAUUUUCAAUUUCGUCAGAACGCAAAUUCUGCCGGCCUGCCUCGAAGCGGCUCCGUUCCUGCCCUCCGAGAAACUACCGGAUUUAGCGAAGGACUGCUGCGAGAUUGUGCUGCUGGCAGAUCCUGGAGAUCAUAUGAUGACAAACCAGCAGGGAAUAAAUUUCGACUUGUUCCCGUUGCUUGAAACCAUUGAGGAGAGGUGGAUGAAUCUGGACUUGGAAGCAUUCCUCGUCGGAACAAACGAAACAACCACAAUGGAGCCUAAUUGUAAUUCCCGCAGCCCCGGCGAGUCGUCACGUCAUGAAGAUCAUAUGCAGCUCCCACCUCCAAUCUUCAAACCGGGAGAACUCGGGGACCUACUCUUCAGCUACUGCAGACUACGAAAAAUAACCUUAAAUCACGCCGGUAGGACCAACGGGGGCAGGACAAACAGUAACAGAUGUCCUUCUACGUCACUUGGAAUGGUGAAAAACCAUGCGGAAGAAGAUGAUUUUCUCCUUCCGCCCGCCAUGGCAGAAGUUGCGGCUGCCUUGUUGCAGAAAAAUUUCUACUUGUCUACGAUUCCGCGAACGCAGGCCUGCAAAUUGGUGUGGUGCUUGUUCCACGACGGAGCGGGAAAAAAUAAACCGAUGUCCGAGGUUUGUCUAGGCACGACCGCAAGAGGAAACAAAGCUG